AUGCUGAGGUCUGCUGGGCUACUUUUAUUAUCUCUCCCUGAACCCCGAACUUUAUUAUCCCCUAGUGUUUAUUCUCACGGGCAUGAGGUUAUUUGGUGUUGGUACACACAGCACCUGAUUCGUGAACCUUGGUUGAUUGUUUGUGAGGUGGAUGAGAGCCUGCACCCCGUCGAGCAGCUGGAGCGCCUGGACGAGCAGGCGAGUCUGCUGCGGGACGAGGGCGAUUUCGACGCGGUGGCGGAGUGCCGCAUGAAGCAGGUGGCGCUUCACAACGUGCUCGUGUACCUUCACGGCUUCCCCCAGGCGCAGGCGAUCCGCGCGAAGCUGGCGUUGGUCGAGGCUUACGCCGAGGGUAAGUACUUCGCGCAGGCGCGGGAGCACCUCGGCGCGGCGGAGUUGUCGGUCUCCUCAGAUGUGGAGGACGCCCUGCAGAGCAAGCGCUUGAAGGUGGACUGCCUCAUCGCCGAGGGCGUGGUCCACCUGGAGGAGGGUGCUGGGCAUUUUGACGACGCCAAGCAGUGCCUCGCCAGGGCCAGCAAGAUGACGACGGAGGUGUACGGCGACGGCGAUGAGCGCCUGGCGCGCAUUCACGAGAUGCUCGGUCGCAUCGCCCUGCAGCAGGAAGACUUCCCGAGGGCCAAGGAGCAUUUCGAGGACGCGAUGCUCAUCCACUCGGAGUUCCCCGAAGGCGAGGAGCACGUCCGGCUGCAGCUGCAGGUGGCAGAGGCCGUCUACCUGGGCGGUGACGUCGAGGAGGCCAUCAGGCAGCAGGACGACGUCGUGAGCAGCCUGCACACUGUAGCGUCGCUCCCGGUUGUGCUCGCCGACGCGUCGGUGCGUCUCGCUACCUGGCUGUCCAAGGAGGACCGCGCCGACGAGGCGCUGAGGGCUCUGGAGACCGCCGAGAAGGUCGUGGUCGAGAAUCUUGGCCAGGAGGACGCAAAGGCCUUGGACAUCAAGCGCGAGAUCGCUAUCCAGCAUCUGAAACUGGGCGACAACGACAAGGCUCUGCAAUGCCUGCAACAUGUGGAGUUCCUCGCGCGGCGGAUCCAUGGCUCGCAGUCCAGGAGUGUCGCCCGCACUCUCAAGGCCCUGGGCUACGUCCACUGCAAGGUGCGCAACUACGCCAUGGCGGAGCAGUGCUACCUGCAGGCCCUGAGGAUAUUCGAGAUCGACCAGACUGGAAGCAGAGCGAUCAUCAGGGACAUCCAGGCGAGUCUGGGCGCCAUUGCCGACCUCCGGCGAUCGGCGCCGUGA